AUGCGAAAGUACUCUAUUGUACCAUUUACAUUACGCAGAGCAAUUAAGGAUUAUGUUAUACCGAAUACAAAUCAUGUGAUUGAAAAAGGUAUGGAUGUAGUGAUACCUAUCGAUGCAUUGCAUUAUGAUCCAGAAUAUUUUCCAAAUCCAGAAGAGUUUAAUCCAGAACGAUUUUCUGCAUCGGAAGUGGAAAAACGUGACUCAAUGUCUUAUAUACCCUUUGGCGAUGGACCUCGUAUUUGUAUUGGUAUUAGGUUUAGUAGAUUGGUUAUUAUGAUUGGUUUAGUAAUGAUAUUGCGGAAUUAUCGUAUUUUGCCAACGAAGAAAACUGAAAAUCCUCUUCAAUACAAUCCAAAGAAAUAUUUUAUGGGUAGUAAAAAUGGAAUUUACUUGAAAACUGAAAAGAUUUGUCGAAAUUAAAGAGUGAAUGAGUGAAAUAUUUUCUUACAAAAUUCAUUCGAAUGUAAUAUUAAGGAGGAGUUAAUUUAAAAAACGAAACAAUU